UGAUCCGUCUGCCAACAGCAUUCAAUACAAAAACAUACGCACUCUGACUGCAUGGUCUCGUCUCAAUCUUUAUAAACCUGCACUGCCUACAUUGACCUGGCCAACAGACUACCAGUAUCUUGGGGGUAUUAUUUACCUCUGUAUUUGUGAGAAACUUCAUUUUGCUUCGUAUGAAAUGAUAUUUCAACCAUGGAGAGGUUGAUUUGUAUUCUCUGCCUUGUAGCGGCUUGUAUAUCGAGUCUUUUCGCUCAAGAUUUACCACCGUUUACAGACAAGAAUUGCCGAACCGAUGCUUACCCACCAUCCCCCAGUGAUGCAGCUCCUCAAUACGUCUUCAAUAUGGACUUGGAUCCAGAAGAUAGAUGGACAGAGUUGGUCCAGCCUAAAUCAGCAAAUAUCAGUUUUCUAAUAGAAGACAUCAAAGGGCUUGUUGGGCUCCUACUAGGCAAGAAACUCACUUCUGAGGUCAUUGAUGAUUUAUUUGGUCCCGUUGUGUCUUCUCUACGUGAGCCGUAUGACCGUGAACUUCAGGGCAUUGCGGAUGCGACUGGGAUUCCCAUUGGUGAAAUAGUACUGAUGAACAUCUUCUAUGAGAUAGAAUCCUUCUGCACUGCUGUAAUAGCACAGACUAAAAGUGGUGACAUCUAUCACGCACGGAAUAUGGACUUUGGAACCUUCCUAGGGUGGGAUGUAAAGACGAAUGAAUGGAUAAUCUCUGAGAGGCUCAAACCUUUGGUUACCAAUGUGGAGUAUCAGAAAGGUGGGAAGGUGAUCGCUCGAGCUGUUCACUUCGCUGGUUAUGUUGGAAUUCUGACUGGAUUAAAACCGGGAGUGGUUAGUCUUAACAUCAACGCUCGUCAUAAGCUGAAGGAUAGCGGUGUACUUGGUUUUAUUGAGUGGAUCCUUGGUGAUCGCAAGCCAUACUGGACCGGAUUUGCACUAAGAGAUGCUAUCCUCAUGGCAAAAGAUUUCAACAGUACCGUAGAGUACCUAUCUACUGUAGAUACCAUGGUGCCAUCCUAUCUUACUGUUGGCGGCAUGAACCCAGGAGAGGGCGUGGUCAUCACUAAAGCCCAAGGAAAUAAAUCGGAUGCCAUCAGGAGGAUAAACGUUGAUCAAGGAAACUGGUUUUUGGUGCAGACUAACUAUGACAGCUGGAAGAAUGCACCAUGGUAUGAUGACAGAAGAGAUCCAGCCAUCAAAUGCAUGAAAAACAUGACACAGCCGAAUGUUAGUUCAAAGAGCUUCUUCAAUGUUUUGUCAACUAAGCCAGUCUUGAAUAUGCUGACCACAUUCACUGCUUUAAUGCAUGUAAGAGAAGGAACUCUGGAAGCCUAUAUUCGCCAUUGUCCACAACCUUGUUUCCCAUGGUAACCAUCCAAACCACGCCCACGACUCAGCCCAGGAAUCGAAAGUUUUACAUCUGCGAUAAACCUCCAAUGUUUUGUCAUGUCUCGUUGAAUAGCUGAAAAGAAUCAUUAUUUCAUUUCAUAAUGAUAGUUAUUGGUGAUUUUUAAAUGGUUAAAAGUAUUGUGAGACAUGACCCUACAUUAUUUUGUUGAAAAGUAGACAAAAUCUUAAAACCGAAGUUGACCGUAAUGCCAAAUAAUGUAGUAAACAUAAUACAAUUUAGAACCUUGAAAAGUAGGCACGUAACUGUCCUGAAUAAUUUGAAUUGUCAAAUCGGGUAGUUUUUUUUUCUAAAAUGUUAUUCCAAACAAAAGUCUCUAUUCAAUCUGCAAUUUGAAAAUCGUAAUUUAAUAAUAGUUUUUCUGUCAUAUUUGGAUUCUAAAUUAUAUGAUAAAUAUUUUCGCCACUAAUAGUCCAUUACGUAAAGAGGAGGGGAGAAAGAAUGAGUGAAGUGAAGAGUGGUAGCAAAGAGAGGAGGAAGGGAAAGGGAAAGGGUGAGAUAAUGAAUAAGAGCUUAGAUAACUAAAUAUAGAGAAAGUGAAUUAUUGUGCAAUAACGGGGGCAAAGAUGAAGUUGGCUGUUCUUUCGAUAUUUUUGUAUGAUUUUAUAUGAUUUUUCUUAUAGCUGGAAUUCUUUGUUGCCAGAGAACUGGAAAAUAAAAUCAUGUAUUUCAAAUA